AUCUGAGCACACACCGUUGCAAUUUGAAAAUGCAUAUGAUAUUGGCAUAGCAGUCUUUACCACGUUCAGCAUAUUUCUCACUGUUUCUAGCUUUCUUUCUGGAUUUGUGUAGUAACAUUUCCACCAUUGUUGGCAAGAGCACUUGAAUUGGACCUAUAGGAUAUAAAGCCAUCAAGUCCGUUGUUCGAAAAGAUAGCAAUUGAAGCAUUAACAGUUUCCUCUUGCAGAAGUUAGUCUGAGCAUCCCUUUAAGCAGUCCUGUGCAGAUAAUCAAGUCAUUAUUGGACCUUCAAAUCAGAAUCUUUUAUGAGCAUAUUGGCUGGUAGAAUGACUCGAGAUACUAUUGGAGGAAGCUUGCAAGAGGGUCUGCAAGAUGCAGCCUCAGUUGGAAAUACAAAUGGUUUCAAGAUUAAUGUAAAUAGUGUUCUUCAAAUUUCAUCAUCUCAAAGGGGACUUCUGAGCGAUGAAAGCCAUCAUAUAAGGAAACAAAAAAUGUUGACAUCUAUUGCCAAUAUCUUUAAACUACAGAGACUCACACUCACACCCCAUGCUAAUUCAGCUUCUCCAUCUGCUAAACUUAGGAAGAAGACUGAGGAAAGAUAUGAAUUCUCACAUUUUGUGCCUUCAUCCAUCAGGGAAAACUUGAGAAAACCUUUUAAUUGUUUUUUUGCCAAGAAGAUUGAUUGGCCAUCUCUAAGGAGAAGCUGCAAACAAUGGAUUAAGAAUCCUUUGAACAUGGCCAUUCUUCUAUGGAUAACUUGUGUUGCUGUUUCAGGAGCAAUUCUCUUUCUUGUCAUGACAGGAAUGUUAAACAAAAUCCUUACUAAGCAGUCACAAAGGAACUCAUGGUUUGAGGUCAACAAUCAAUUUCUCAAUGCUCUAUUUACUCUCAUGUGUCUAUACCAACAUCCAAAGCGGUUCCACCAUCUUGUGCUUCUUUGUAGGUGGAAGCCAAAAGACAUCAUAAUACUAAGAAAAUUAUACUGUAAGAAGGGCACUUGCAAGCCUCAUGAGUGGUUCCAUAUGAUGGUGGUAGUUGUGUUACUCCAUGUUAAUUGCUUUGCUCAGUAUGCACUUUGUGGCCUUAAUUGGGGUUUCAAUCGAUCUGAAAGACCUGUUGUUGGGGUUGGUAUAUGCAUCUCCAUUGCAAUUGCUGCUCCAGCACUUGCAGGAGUUUAUUGCAUUGCAAGCCCUUUAGGAAAAGAAUAUGAAACUGAAGAAGCAGCACAGAAUCAUAUUCCCACUAGUAACACAUUUGCUUCAAGAAAUGAUCAUAGUCUUGUUGAGUACACACCUCAAUGGAGAGGGGGACUAUUUGAUCUUUGGGACAAUCUUUCUGUGGCAUGUCUCACUCUCUUUUGUAGUUUUUGUGUCUUUGGAAGGAAUAUGGAAAGACAAAAUUUUGGUAACAAGUAUGUUCACAUUGCAACUUUCCUCCUCUUCUGUGUGGCUCCCUUUUGGAUCUUCAACAUGGCUACCAUCAAUAUUGAUGAUGAACCAGUGAGAUUAGUUCUGGGGUUAUUGGGUAUAUUUCUUUGUGUGUUUGGUUUACUCUAUGGUGGCUAUUGGAGGAUUCAAAUGAGGGAAAGAUUUAACUUGCCACCAAAUAAACUUUGUUGUGGAAAGCCAGCAGUGACAGAUUGCAUACAGUGGCUAUUUUGUUGCUGGUGUUCCCUUGCACAAGAAGUAAGAACUGCAGAAUCCUAUGACAUAGUUGAAGACAAAUUUUUCUGCAAAAAACAGACUCAAAGUUGUGUUCAGCUUGCACUGAACUCAUUGCCUCCUGAAGAUAAAGCUCCUCAAGUUACAUCAAUGUCCACUUCUUCAUUUUGGAGCAGUCAUAGUUUCAACAAGAUCUGGUCUGAAGAGUCAAAAGAUCAUUCAAGUCUCUCAGAAAUUGAGUUUUCAAGAGAAAGAAAACAAAAUGUUAUGGAAGUGCCUAUUCCUCUAACAAUUCAAAUUGAUGAUAAUGAUAUCAAAUGAACAUAAAGAGGAGAACUCUUGAUGAUAUAUAAGUCUUUUAGCAGUCAUGUAUGCAUUUCGAAAUAUACUUUUACAUUUGUAAUAUUUGAACAUCAAUUUUAGAAUCA